AUCUAUCUAUCUAUCUAUUUCUUCAUCACAAACCUCUCUACUUUCUCCCUCUCUAUCACUAUAGCAUAUACCUCAAUCAACUAGCAGAAAGGGAGCAAGGGAUAAUCAGAGAGAUAAUGGGGAGAGGAAAGAUUGUCAUUAAAAGGAUCGACAAUUCGACUAGCAGGCAAGUGACUUUCUCCAAGAGAAAAAAUGGCUUGCUCAAGAAGGCCAAGGAGCUCUCUAUCCUUUGCGAAGCUGAAGUUGGGCUUAUCAUCUUCUCCAGCACCGGCAGGCUCUAUGAUUAUUCAAGUACUAGCAUGAAGUCUGUUAUUGAAAGAUACAAGAAGCUAAAAGAGGAACAUCAUCAGCUGAUGAAUCCUGCUUCCGAAGUUAAGUUUUGGCAAAGGGAAGCAGCGAGUUUGAGGCAACAACUGCUGUACGUGCAAGAAUGCAACAGGCAAUUACUGGGACAUGAACUUGCUAAUUUGAACAUCAAAGAUCUACAAAAUUUGGAAAACACACUGGAAAUGAGUUUGAAGGGUAUCCGCAUGAAAAAGGAGCAAAUUUACACUGAAGAAAUAAAAGAAGUAAAUCGGAAGGGACAUCUUGUUCAUCAACAAAACACAGAACUGCAUAAUGAGUUAGACCUGUUCCGUAAAGAAAAUGAGGAGUUGAAAAAGAAGGUUUAUGGAGAAAAAGAUGUAAAUGAAGCAAACACAACUACAAAUGCUCCAGACACUGUCCGCAAUGGAUAUGGCUUUCAAGCACCCAUCCAUCUCCAGCUAUAAGCACAACUCAGGCUCAAAACAAUGAAGCACAAGCAAAAGAAAUGAAAUUGGGAUUACAACUGCAUUAAUGAAGCUGGUCAAUUACUGUGGGUGGCUAUCCAUCAUUAUCCUAACAACAAAUUGCCACACACAGGGAAAUUAAUUAGUUCUACCGUUGAGAUAUAUUGUUUCAGCUUCUUGUAAA